CGCAUUUAAAACAUUAAGAUCUCGCGAGAUUUCCUCCCCGAGAAGCCAAAUGACGUUCAAGCUAUUAACUUCAGCGACAUUAUUGGAAUGCAGGAGUGCCACUUGCGGAUCGCAGUGUCCAGGGAUCCCUAAAAAGGGAAGGCGUCUCACUCUUGAUUCCUGGCAGCUCUAGGAGUAGUGAAGACUAAAUUAGGCAUGGUUUCAUUGACUUCCAAUUCCCGAAGUCCCAGCAUCCCUGCAGCCCAGCGGAGGAGGGGAGGUCGGGCGGUGCUCUCAACCUUGGAUGUUUUGCCUCUGACUGGUGCUGAGUGCUGCUAAGUGGGCCUGCGUGUAUGUGUGGGCUCCAGAGUCCUGCCUCCACAUUCCUGCGAUACUUCGAAAGACACAGCAGUGCUUUGGGGGAGAAAUAGGUGGAGGCCCCUGACUGAGGACCGACGUCAGGGCGGCGUGGGGGUUGGGUCGCUCUGCUGUGCUGUGCUCUGCCUGCCUGCCUGAGAAUGGUCCAGCCGGUGCCUGGGGGUCUGCUGUCGCAGCCUGUCUGAACACACACAACAAACACACGAGAGUCAGUGGACACGCGGAAGCACACACACAUUAGCUGGAGAGCAAUGUGAGAGAGGAAGUGCCUUUGCUGAUGUGUGCCGCAGCUUUGACCUGCUUCUACCGCUGAAGCUCCAUCUUCUCCCUCCCUUGCCUCGCUCGCUUGCAAGGAAAGGUGGCCACACCCUCCUCAGACUGCGCUCAGACCCGUUCGUCCAUCUGCCAUCAUCACCAUCCACCCCACCCAAUGAGCCCCAGCCUCAGCUAAUUCUCACCUGACAGCCCAGCAGCCCAAAUACACCACACGGCUCACACGGAGCAUCACACACCUUGCCUUUUACUUACCUUCGCCUUGGACCCUCUUAAGCCUCCACACAGUCCUCAGUGUCCUUAAUCUCGCCCUCUAAAAAGCGGACUACACCCUGGCUAUCACCUUUGUUGCCUGCUUCACCGCAUCAUAACCUGAGGGCUUUCUCCUGAGCCGCUUCGAAAGUUGUAGAAAAGACGGAUCAGUGAGCAAUAAGAGUGAACAUUCAGGCCAAAAGCAGCAACUUCUUCUUCUUCUUGGGCUGCCUCCUGGAUAAUCCACUGACUUGAUCAGGAAGAUGGCGCAAUAACAUUAACAGCCUUACUUCGUCCUGCGACAUUUCACCCUGGACACUGUCUCACCCACACAAACAAUAAUACACAAGAAUAAGAGAAGUUGUGGAUUAAAACAGAAGAGGCACUUUAUCCAAAUCGAUCACAGUUGGGAGUUUGUUUUGCCAGCGUGUUGCCAUGGCGAUGAACAUAGCACAGAUCCGCGAUACAAAGUGGCUGACACUCGAGGUAUGCAGGGAGUUCCAAAGGGGCACGUGCUCCCGCUCGGACCAGGAGUGCAAGUUCGCUCACCCGGCUAAGAGCUGCCAGGUGGAAAAUGGACGGGUCAUCGCUUGCUUCGACUCACUCAAGGGCCGCUGUUCCAGGGAGAACUGCAAAUAUCUGCACCCUCCUCCCCACCUAAAGAACCAGCUGGAGAUCAAUGGCAGGAACAACCUGAUCCAGCAGAAGAACAUGGUGAUGCUGGCCCAGCACAUGCAGCUCGCCAAUGCCAUGAUGCCUGGCACGCAGCUACCGCCGAUGCCCAUGUUCUCCGUGACGCCCGGCCUGGCCACCAACGCCAGCGCUGCGGCCGCAGCUGCAGCCGCGGCUUUUAAUCCGUACCUGAGCCCUGUGUCGCCAGGCCUGAUGCCCCCAGAGAUCCUGCCCAACACCCCCGUCCUCAUGGCUUCCAGCCCCACUGUCAGCCAAGUCCCCAAUGCUGCUGCUGCAGCCCAGAAGCUGCUGAGAACAGAUAGACUUGAGGUGUGUCGCGAAUACCAGAGGGGAAACUGCUCCCGAGGGGAGGAUGACUGUCGUUUCGCCCACCCCGCGGACAGCACAAUGAUAGACACAAACGACAACACUGUCACCGUGUGCAUGGACUACAUCAAGGGCCGCUGCUCCCGUGAGAAGUGCAAGUACUUCCACCCGCCGGCUCACCUGCAGGCUAAAAUUAAGGCCACUCAGCACCAGGUGAACCAGGCCUCAGCCGCCGCGGCCAUGACUCAGUCGGCUGUCAAAUCACUGAAGCGACCCCUCGACGCAACCUUUGACCUGGGUAUCGCCCCCAGUGUCAUGGCUCCCCUGCCAAAGCGGGCAGCCCUGGAGAAGGCCAAUGGGGCCUCUGCUGUGUUUAACACCGGCAUGCUCCAGUACCAACAGGCCCUGGCCAGCAUGCAGUUUCAGCAGCAGGCUGCUUUCCUCCCAUCAGGCUCAAUAUUGUGCAUGACCCCUGCAGCCGGCGUUGUUCCCAUGAUGCACGGUGGUACUCCAGUCACUGUGUCUGCAGCCACCACAUCUGCCACAAGCGUUCCCUUCGCAACUGCCUCCACCAAUCAGGACUCUUCCUUAUCAAAGUUGACUACCAACGAAUACAUGCAAUUGAUUCCAAUAAUAUCUGCAGAUCAUCUGAGUAGUCACAAGUACUUGACUCAAAUGUAGUUCCUCUCGAGAACAAUCAAAUGAAUGUGUGCCGGCACCGUCCAAGCCAAAACAGUUCAGCCUUGAUUUACGUAACCUUCAGAAUGUCAAGCGACGGGGACGAGGAGGGUCUCAUCACAUAUGGAAACAUCGAGGGUGCCAUCUUCCCACACGAGUGUUUAAAAAAAAAAAAAAAAAAAAACAAAAGAAGUUGGGAGAGGAGGACAUCUUGGUGCACAGCGGGUCACAUCACACCUCUGUAUGUUUAAAUUGGUUCUAAUUGUAUUAUACUGGAUGCACAAAAGGUCAAAGAGUGCACCUCCGGUACGUUCGUCGACCAAUUUAUUUUAUAUUCCUUUUUCUUUUGAAACAAUCAGCCAUAUUUCAUCGUUUACAAAAAAUGCACCUUGAAUUUGAACUGAGACAGGCACAGCGAUUUAAAACAAAAACAAAAAACAAAAAACAAGGAUUAGUGCAGUAUUGUGCGUGUGUACAGCUACUAGUCAAACUAGAUGUGGAUGGAUGAAUUAAUGAUGGUGGAGGGGAGGGGACAUAUGAAUGUUUGUGGGUAAACCAACAUAGUACCUGUGUACCUUGAAAGCACAGCCAGGCUAGCUCUUCUCACCUUGUCAUGUGCCAUGGAGGCCAUACAGCUCAAACCAGAGUGUUGUCUCAGCAGUGUUAUUUGUUUACCAGGUGUAAAAUUUAAAAAAAAAAGUAAUUCUAUGGCUCUUAAUGUUGUUUUCAUUUCAGAUUUUAAAAUAAAUCAUUUUAGAAGUAGGUUUUUUGGUCAUUUGUAAUGUGUUUUUUAAAAAUCUUUUAUUACUUUUCAUAGACUAGAGUGCUGUUUUUUUUGUGUGUGUCAAGGUGUCGCUCAAGUCCAUUGACUCUAAAGCCCGUUGAAGGGGAGGGUGAGGCUUGUUACCUUGUUGGUCCUCUUCUAAAGAGGCUCGCCUCUGGAAGAAGCACUGUUGAGCCGCGUGCUUGUUGCUGAGAAGAGACAAAGAAAGACACGAGGUCUGUUAGGUCAUUGUAACCAAAAAAACAACAAAAAAAGUACACUUGAAUGAUUGUCUGAGUCAGAUUUCAAGCAAGCAGCCCAAACUUUCAAACUUCACUUACAGUGUAAGACAGCGGUUCCCGACAUUUUACGGUCCCAGCUUUCUUUGAAAACACACUUUAAAAAGGAGGAGUAUUUGGUCCACACUGAAACUGAGCAAAAAACAUUACGGGGAAAAAAGUCCUAAUAAACAAUACUCAUUUAAAAAUACUCAUUUUUGUAGGGAAAAAAACCACAAUAUUAUUCCUGUAACAUUACUUUUUUUCUCUGUAAAGAUACCAUUUUAUCGUUAUUGCAUUAUGACUUAUUCUUGGACUUUUUCAUAAGACACGAUUAUUUUCUUAGUCAAUUAUGUGAAGCUUGUUGUUUGGAUGAAUCGUUAUGCCCUAGACCAGGAGGGCGGCAACCUUUAACCUUUUCUACCAAAUUGAAACCCCCUUGGAGCCACAAAACAAAAUGUGACCACUGAGUUGCAGCUAAUGCCACACAUAGUUUCCUUAAUUGUAUCGCCACGUUCCUUUUCGGUUUCCCUGGCGUGGCGGAGUGAUGAGCCACACCUGUUGCCAGCUGGCAAUUACCUAUCUUUCUUACGCCUUCAACAUUUGCAAUAAAAGUGUUGUAACACAUUGAUUAGUUCCAGUUCCAGUACCACUUUCCAUGUUGCUUUAGUGUCCAUUGUUCAUUAGCGACAAAGGAAACUAACAAGCUAAAUAGUGGCCUGGCAUCAUGGCUUCUCACCACGUCCACUCACCAGAAAACACCCCACCCCUAGCACGGCUCACACUCAACUCCGAAAAAAGAGAACUUUGAAAGGCUCGUGACGGCGUCAAAAGCUUUCCCAAAGUCAAAAAGCUGUGCGUGGGAAUAUCUUGUUUCGGCCCAAAACACAAAGAUAACAUGUCUGCUUUCAUGGAUAACUAAGGAAAUUCAAAAAUAUUCACAUUUGAGAGGCUGAAAUCAGAGGAUAUUUGCAUUUUUAAAUUAAAAAAUGAUUAAUCGGAUACAAAAUAGUAAAUUAAUUGGAUAAUCGAUUAAUCAUCGAUUAAUUGUUGCAACAUUACAACUUUUUUCUGAUAAUAUCGCAACUUUAUUCUCAUGUUAUGACUUUUCUGAAGAAAAAAAAAGCGACUCGUUAUUACAAUAUGUCUUCUCUCAUAACAUUGCCACAUUAUCGGAAUAUAAAAUUCACUUUUUUCCGCAUAUUAAAACUUUUUUUCCCGUAAUAUUCCGAUUCUUUUCUCAUAAUAUCACGGCUGACACUAGAUAAGACAUUAUUGUGGCUUUAUUUUAUUUUCCGAAGUAUGUUAUUUCUCAUUACAACUUCAUUCUCAUAAUACGUAAGGUUACGACAAUUACAUCUUUAUUCUCGUAACGUUAAGACUUUUUUUUCUUGUGGAUUCCGUCUCGUAAUGUUACAUCUUCAUUCUCUUAAUGUGACGACUUCAUUGUCAUGAUAUUGCGUCGUUUUAAUCGUCGUAUAACAACCUUAAUCUUGUAACUUUACGACUUUAUUACGACUAUUUUUUUCGGAAUGUUACUACUCCUUAAUGAUGAACCAGGUAAAGUCAUAAAAUGGGGGAAAAACGAAAACCAGUACUGUUCAGUAUGUUACGACCAUAUUCUUGUAACUUUAUGAGGUUUUUUUUGUCAUAACUCUCACUAUUUUUUUGUAAUGUUAAUGCUAAUAUUUCGUAAAAACGAUAAAACAACUAAAGUAAUAAAAUAAUGGGGAAAAAAAGUGAAAAUCAAGACAGUAUAAAGAAUACAAGAAUUUUGACUUAGGCUCGUUAAAUCUUUAGUCUUUGCAAUGUUACAACUUUAUUCUGACAAUAGUCAAAGUUUUUCAUUCCACUUUCUGGCUUUUUUUGUCAUAACUCUUUUCGUAAUGUUACUAUUUCAUUAAAACUAUAAAACGAGUAAAGUCGUGAAAUUACGGGAAAAAAAUUUUAACCAAAAAACUUGCAAUAUAAAGAGUAUAGUCAUUUUGACGUUAUUCUCGUAAAAUAUUAAGUUUUUUAUCGUUAUCUUACAGCCGUAUCCUUGCAACUUUACGACUUUUUUGUCAUAACUCUCAGUAUUUUUCGGAAUGUUACUAUUUUGUAAAAAAAAACGAUAUAACGAGUGAAGUCAUAAAGUGAUGAGGGGAAAAAGCGAAAAUCCAUACAGUAUCAUGAGUAUAAGACUUCGGACGUAGCCUCAUUAAAUAUUUAGCUAGCAAUGUUACGACUUUGUUCUCACAAUAUUAAUUUUUUCAUUGUUAUAUUACAGACACUUUCUGGCUCUUUUUGUCAUAUCUCUUAUCACUAUUUUUCGUGAUGUUACUAUUUCGUUAAAACGAGUAAAGUCGUGAGAAAAAUUUUAACCAAAACUUGUAAUAUAAAGAGUAUAGUAAUUUUGACUUUAGCUCGUUUUUUUAAAUUAUGUUUGGAGUUUUCUUCCUCUUCGCAUUAAGACUUUAAUAUUCUGACUUUAUUGUCUAUGCAGCUUUACUCCUGUAGUAUUUUGACCGUUUUCCGUAAGGUCACGCGAUUUUUAUCGCAACCGGACGACUUUUUCUUGUAACUUUUCAACAUUUUUAUUUAUUUUUUUCCUAUUUCGCUGUAGACCUCAUACUCCUUUCUACGAAACAAACAAGAAGAAGGCGUAUUUUGGCCAAAAUUGGAGCAAAACAUGUCAACGCAUGAUGAAUUGUACCUGUUGGGAACCCCUGCCUUAAGAGGAAACACGACAGAGGUGUGACUUUAACGAAUAAUAACAAUAAUCAAAGCCAAACUCGUUAGAACAGCAUCUCUCACUGAGGAAGGGGCGUCUUGUGUUUGGUUUUUUUGGUUCAUUCAACAGUUUUACGUCCCUGUUGUGGUCCCACAGAGGUGUGUCGCGCGUCUUUUAGCGAUUGUAUUGUACCUAACAAAGCCUUAGAUUACCAUGAAUGGGUCGCGGCCCAAACUUGUCAAUCACCAUGCAGGUAAAGAGCACCAAUGAUGUUUUCUAGUUACUUAGUCACACGUCGCUUAUGAUAUAAUAAGAGUAAGAAUAAUAAUACGUUUGUGCUUUUUCCUCUUUCUCUGUGUAACAAUUAUUCUCUUAAAAACCAUGGAGCUUUUAUUAUGUACUACUUAAGGAUUUGAAUCUAUUUGAGAUGCAUAGUUGUAGAUGUUUCUUUUCUUUUUGUUUUGGGUUUGUUUUGGGUUUGUUUGUUUUUUUUUGCCUUACUAUAUUACUAUAUUACUUGACAGCAUCGAUAUAGCCGUUGUAGAUUGUUGAGGUUGUAUGACAUUCAUAACUUUGUUGUUUUGGAAGCAUAUACAUGAUAAACAUUCACUUGGUUCAUAUAGCUGGAUGUCUUUUUCAGUUACAUUACUUGGGGGGGGGGGGGUAUUUUUUUUUCGACACGAGGAAUUUGUUGUGAAAAGAAACCAUUUUCCUUGUCGCCAUGUCAAGGUCAUAUUUGAAAAUAUAGUUUUAAGGGUAAACAUUGUUUUCUACUGUAUCCAUUUAAAAAAAAAACAAAAAAAAACGACAUUGUUGGAAAUAUUUCUUAAGUUUGCCCUGAAUGUCAGGCCAAAGUGAGCAGUUUGGGUUGUUUGGAUAUUCGUUUUUGUUGUUUUGUUCUUUGUUGGUUCUGGGUCGGUGGGUGGUGAGAUUCGGAGCAAGAACGUAAAAGACUUUUCCCGGCUGGUGAAGUCAGAAAUGCUGCAGAUGAUGAGUUCGAACCUUAAGGGACGAAGGUUGUGACUUUUUUGCACUUCUGUAUAUAGUCAAAUGAACAGAGACAAAUGUGUAUCAUAUUGAGAUAUUAUUUUGAAUAAAGAAAAAAAAAAGAUCUAUAAUUCUAAGGAAUUUUGUUAGAUUAAUUUAAAUUCAUAAAUAAAUUAGAAGACCAGCUAAAAUUGCUUGCAAAGAAGGGCACUCGUUUCUUGGCCGAUGCGUUCAGAGGAAGCUACGCGCUAUUUUCCCUUCUUUUAUCCGUGGUUAGUUCUGCCUGGGAAUGUUUUAGGGGAAUAAUGACGCCCCCCUUUUGUCCUGCUUGAUCCACCCCUUCAAAUGAUCGCAUUAUAUUUCAUUUGUCGGUCACAUCGCUGCUCCCGCUCCACACACACACACACAAUAUGUAUUCCAUCCUCAUUUGACUGCAUGUAUAAACCACAAAAGCAUAGAUAGCUCACAAUAACCCGUACAGUAGAUCACAUCCACAGCGGGGGAGAGAAAUAACACGUGUGAUCAAAUCGUUUCCGAGCGAAUGUUGUUUAAAAAAAAAAAAGGAAAAAAAAAAGAGCACUCAUCAUCCAACCAAAUACUUCUGCAGAGCCAUAAAUACUGUCAGCAAGUUGCUUAUCGACGCUGUGCGCUCAGCAGGUGAAGACGUGCCGCACCAAAUGCACAUUUAGGCUAAUUCAAGUCGUUUAAACACACAUGAAUGUAAAGCGGCUGCUGUAUUGUUUGCUAUAGAACCAAAGCACCGGAUUCUCCAAAACCACACGUUCACACGCAGUCACUUUCUUCCCUGCUGGGGGCACACGGAUGCUUUUUUUUGUUUGUUUGUUUGGACCGCUUUUUACUUGUAAGUGCAAAACUACCACUUACGUGUUUGCUAACAGUUGCCACACGAUGAUGUCUGAUUUGUUUAUGCACAUUUUGAUUGUUGCCAUAUUUGACUCUUCGUUGUAUGGAUGACGACAACAACAACAACAAAAUGGAAAUAAAAAAACAAUAUUUGAUUUGCUCAUGCAA